UGACGGCGUCACUGAUCAAACACAGCUGCGUGUAAUCAGGCCGUCUGAUCAGUAUCUCAGUCCAAAGGAGGGUUGGGUUUGGGAAACACUGGGAGGAUCAACUUUAGCUGCCAUUUAAAUGAGCUUUUAGCCGCGGGUGCAGUCACAGAGGAGUUGUUGCUCUGAUGGUGGAAGCCAAGUUGCAUUAAAUUUAAACGGACAGAAAAGAGAAAUGACAAUGGGACUUUUAGCCAACGCUGCAGCUGCAGCCGGCGGCCUCAUUACUGGUGUUAUGAAUUUUUUCACUGAUAUGUUUCUGACACCCCCGCUGAAGGCUACUCUCAAGCAUUUGGAGGAGACUGAACUCAAAACUUUGAAAGGAGAAACAAGGAUCCUGAAAGCCAGCUCUCUGUGGGAGAGGUCGGGAGCUGUCAUCAUGGCAGUGCGGCGACCUGGAUGAUUUUUGUGCAGAGAGGAGGCUGCAGAGCUGUCCUCUCUGAAACCCCAGCUGGAUGAGCUCGGGGUCCCUCUGUACGCUGUGGUCAAGGAGGACGUCGGCACCGAGGUCCAGAACUUCAGACCAUACUUCAAGGGGGAGAUCUUCUUGGAUGAAAAGAGGCGUUUUUAUGGACCCCGUGAGCGGAAGAUGGGUGUCCUGGCGUUCCUGCGUGUUGGGGUGUGGAUGAAUGGCCUGAGGGCCUUUAAGAACGGCUUCACGGGAAACGUUUUGGGAGAGGGGUUUGUGCUCGGUGGGGUCUUCGUCAUCGGACGAGGACAGCAGGGAAUACUUCUGGAGCACAGAGAGAUUGAAUUUGGAGAUAAAGUCAACAUUGAAGCUGUCAUCCAAGCUGCCAGAAGAAUAGCACAAGAACGUCUGCCUUUAGAGCAGAAAUAAUGCUUUGUAUUACCCCUGGUGGAUAAUUGGUGGUAUCUAUUAAAAUCAUGUCCUUGAGCAGUUAAUCACCUUGCCAAUCCAACAUCUUUUAGAGCAAAGACAAAGUUUAUAACCAUAUAAAUGACAUACAACUAAAUGAUCAUAUAAAUGUUGAAAAAAUGAAUUGUGUUGAGGAUUUUGACACGGGUUUGAUGUUUAUAACAUGUAAGAAAAGAAUCUUUGUAAAGUGCACAUUAGAUUUGUGAGUUUGUUGGUGUACUGGUCUCAGGAAAACCAGGAUGCAUUUUGGAGUAUGACUGUGUAGUAAGAGGCUCUGAGUGUGUUAAUGAUGGUGUGUCUUUAAACUCAAGAGAGGAAGCAUACCUGAUAUCUAACACUCAGUUUCCUUUAUUACUCCGUGAUACUGCUCUGCUAUUUGGGGAGAAACUGUGACCUUUGACUAAUAAAACAUGGCUUUUUGCUCUA